CCUUCCGUGAGCGUUGAUAUGAUUGGCCGGCAGAAGGCGGUCCUCUUUUCCUCCUGUGCAACUCGAGCACCGUAUCCACCAUGAAUGACACAGUAACGAUCCGGACCAGAAAGUUCAUGACUAACCGCCUGCUUCAGAGGAAACAGAUGGUUAUUGAUGUCCUUCACCCUGGGAAGGCAACAGUACCAAAGACUGAAAUUCGGGAGAAGCUAGCCAAAAUGUACAAAACCACACCAGAUGUCAUCUUUGUGUUCGGAUUCAGGACUCACUUUGGUGGCGGCAAAACAACUGGUUUCGGCAUGAUCUAUGAUUCUCUAGAUUAUGCUAAGAAGAAUGAGCCCAAACACAGACUGGCAAGACACGGCCUCUAUGAGAAGAAGAAGACCUCCCGGAAACAGCGGAAGGAGCGCAAGAACAGAAUGAAGAAGGUCAGGGGUACAGCAAAGGCCAACGUUGGUGCUGGCAAAAAGCAGAAAUGAAAUAUCUAGCAGUGAGUGGAGAUUGGAUACAGCCAAAGGAAUAGAUCUGCGGUGAUUUGACCUGCGGUGCUGUGCAGACAAUUUCGGAGAGAACAAAUAAACUAAAAGCUUAUGUGUCUGGA